AUGUUUGCGGCCAAAAUGUUAUUUCAACUCUCUGUUGUACUUUUAAAGGUAAAUUAUUUAAAAAAUUUACAUGUAACUUUUGCCUUUAAGUAUUCUGGAAACUUCACUUAUACAGCUGUAUUUGUUAUUUGUUACGGUGUUGGACCUGGCUCUAUUCCAUCAAUAUUUUUGAAUGAUGUUUUUACUGUGUAUGCAAGAGGCAAGGCUAAUUCUGUUGUUUCUUCGAUUAGCUGGCUCUUUGUGUUUAUCAUUCAAAUUGUUUGUUAAAUAUUUCUUUAAAUAUAAUUUGGAUACAGUAGAGUAUACCGGCGCAAAAUUUCAAUACAAAACAUACAAUUCGAUUUAUCUCGCGAGAUGACAAACGGCCCCACCCACUGCAUAG